AUGGCCCAAAUUCAAGCCGUAGUUCUUGACCUCGGCAAUGUCGUCUUCACCUGGUCCUCUGAGCCGCCUUCAUCCCCGAACGCAGUUCCCCUGAAGGCAAUCAUGAAGACCACCACCUGGGCAGAUUACGAAUGCGGACUCCUCACUACAAUGGAUUGCUACAGCGCUCUGGGAGAAAAAUUCGGGGGUUCUCCCUCAGACAUUGGCCAGGCUCUUGCUGUGGCACGCGACUCGCUUGUUGUCAACGACACGUUACUGGCUCUCAUUCGCGAACUAAAACACUCCUAUGGCCUUUCCAUAUACGCCAUGUCUAAUAUAUCCCGCGAGAAUAUUGAUUACCUACGAGAGAAGCAUGGCGCAGAAUUGGAAAUUUUUGAUGAGAUCUUUGCCUCUGGUUACGUCGGCAUGAGAAAACCAGACGAAGGAUUCUAUCGUCAUGUCAUCGCGCAAAUGGGCCAUCCUGCGGACAGGGUUGCGUUUUUGGAUGACCGGAAGGAGAAUGUACAGGUGGCAUGCCUAAUGGGUAUGCUUGGUUUUUGCUAUGAGGAGCCCAGCAAGGCGUAUCAGUGGUUAAGAAAUUCAGUUUCCUGUGAUGCCUAG